GUCCUGCAGAGGGCGGUGGCGGGCUCGGUGCUGGUCCUGGUCCUGACGAAGAAAACGCACUUCCGCUGUUCGUCCUGUCACAGACAACACUUGGUCCAGCGAGACAGUCAGGAUGGCAGGCCGUCGUGUAGCCCUGAAGGCCAUUGACUGGGUGGCUUUUGCUGAGCGGAUUCCACCCAACCAGAAGAGCAUGUUCAAUGCACUGAAGACUCGCAGUGAUGCCAUCUCUGCUAAACUAACCUCCCUGCCAGAGACUCCUGCAGCCAUUGACUGGAGUUACUACAAGAGUGCAGUGGCCAAAGCCGGGAUGGUUGAUGAGUUUGAGAAGAAGUUCAAAGCCCUUCAGAUCCCUGAGCCUGUUGACACACAGACGAGCACCAUUAAUGCACAGGAGGCUGAGGCUAACAAAAGUGCAUCAGCCUACAUUGAAGGAUCAAAAGCCCGCAUUGUUCAGUAUGAGAAAGAGUUGGAUAAGUUUAAGAACAUGAUCCCAUUCGAUCAGAUGACCAUCGAGGAUCUCAACAACACCUUCCCCGAGACAAAGUUGGACAAGGUCAAACAUCCCUACUGGCCCCACAAGCCCAUUGCUGAACUGUAAUCCUAUUAAUGAACUCUCACCUCACAAUAAAGAUUAUGUAUUUUAAAAAGAAA